AUGAGAGAACAAGAAGAACAGCACUAUGGAAACAUUACAGAAGCACAAAGUUCUUCGGCCAGACAAUAUGGCAGCCAAUACAAUGUUCCCUCGCAAAACCAUCAAGUACAAAACCAGCAUUAUCAUCAUCAGCCAAAUGCUCCAAUGCCUAAGCCACGGCAACAAUUACCACAAAGAGCUAACAAUCAGUAUUCAUCUGUGAAUUACAGUCAAGGAAACUCAGCAGCGCAUUACAUACACUCUCCUCCUAAAAAGUCAACCUUUAUGAAUGAAGUGUAUAAAACUGCUUCACCUGGAACUUCUUCAUCUGAUCGACAAGACUUAAUCCAACAACACACUUGGAAGCCGAAUGGAAAAGACGAUUCUGGAGGUUUCCCAUGGUUCACAAUACUCAUCACUCUUGCUCAAACGGGCUAUUUUUUCUAUAUGUACUGGAGUGCUGUUGGAGCACCAUCAAGUAACAUGAUAAUGCAGCUAGUUGUGGGUUCGUUAUUGGAGAUUGUUCAUGGAACGACUAGAAUAAUGAUCAUCUAUACGAUCGGUGUCAUUGUCGGAGGAAUAACAGCAGUAGUCAUAACUCCGAGCAUCCAUCUUGUCGGUGCUUCUGGUGGUGAUUUUUGUCUCGUCACAACUGUUCUUGCUGGAGUUGUGCUCAACUGCGACACAAUGAACCUUGCUGGUGCGCUGAUUCGCAUAAUUCUCUUCGGAGGAUAUCUCGUUGCGGAAGGAUACAUGUCCGUUCAGCGAUACAAAGACGGAGAUCAUCAGAUUUCCUGGGCGGCGCAUCUCGGUGGGGCAGUGACUGGCCUGCUAAUUGGUACUGUCGUCUUGCGAAAUAUGGACAUCAAGAAGUGCGAAAAUGUCUGCAGAAUACUCUCUCUCAUACUCUUCAUCGGCUACUUAGGGGUUCUAACUGCGAUGUGGUUCCUAAUAAUCGAAGAAGAAAAUGAAAUCAACGAUGGUAUUGAUGUCUUCCAGAAUAUAUUCAAGCCUGAGAAGGAAAAGUAA